AUGGCGAACCUAACAGAACACGACUACAAUUACCGCUCAAGUAGUGAGGAUAUCGAGUCGCAUGAAGACCAGGAAACCAAUGCCGAUAACUCCGAAACAAUCCCGCCACUAGAGAAACAGACUACCGCAGCAUCAGGGAGAUCAGGAUUUGAAGAACGAACCCAGUCAAUAGUAUCUCGUAUCCGCAGUCGAGAUCCUGCACAAAUCGCCAAAUUUACUCAUCCUCUUUCGCAUACAAAAACGAGCCCCGACGUUAUUGUCGAUUUCGAAGGUCCCGAUGAUCCGUACAGGCCAAUCAACUGGAAUUUCAAGAAAAAGGCCGUGACGACUGUUCUAUAUGGAUUGACCACUAUGGGCACGACGUGGGCGAGUUCGAUCUAUUCCACGGGCACAGAUCAGAUUGCGGCCGAGUUUGACAUUUCCACCGAGGUUGCGACACUAGGAACUUCUUUGCUGCUGUUCGGGUUAGGGUUGGGCCCGCUGGUUUGGGCUCCACUGUCUGAGGUCUAUGGGCGCAAGCCGGCGGUUCUGGUACCGUAUUUUAUUGCGGCGAUCAUGUCGUUUGGAACUGCCGUUGCGAAGGAUGUGCAGACGAUCAUGCUGACGCGAUUCUUUGCCGGAUUCUUUGGCUCUGCGCCGGUUACCAAUACUGGUGGUGUGUUGGGCGAUAUUUGGAGUGCGGAGGAGCGUGGUGCUGCGAUUGUGGGAUAUGCGUUGGCGGUGGUGGGUGGACCUGUUCUUGGUCCCAUUGCUGGUGGUGCAAUUUGCCAGAGUUACCUAGGCUGGCGAUGGACUCAAUAUCUCACUGGUAUCAUGAUGAUGUUCUUCCUUGUUAUGGAUCUGCUCAUCAUCGACGAGAGCUACCCACCAGCGCUACUAGUAAGUAAGGCGCGCCGCCUACGGUUCGAAACUGGCAACUGGGCGCUACAUGCUCGUCAUGAGGAAUGGGAUGUGACAUGGAAAGAGCUAGGAAACAAGUAUUUGAUCCGCCCGUUCGCUCUUCUCGCAACCCCCAUCUGCUUCCUAGUUGCCCUCUACGCCUCCUUCGUCUACGGUAUCCUAUAUCUGAGUCUAGCAGCCUUCCCAAUCGUGUUCCAAGAGGUCCGCGGCUGGAACCAAGUCGUUGGUGCUUUACCGUUCCUCGCCUACCUAGUCGGAAUCCUCAUCGGUGGCUGUAUCAACCUAGCCAACCAAGCCUUCUACAUCAAGCGUUUCAAGGCGAACAAUAACCGCCCCGUGCCCGAGGCUCGUCUCCCUCCCAUGAUGCUCGGUUCGGUCUUCUUCGCAGCUGGCAUGUUUGUCUUUGGCUGGACCAGCCCGAAGGAUAUCCACUGGAUCGCCCCGAUCAUCGGUGCCGUCAUGAUGGGCUUCGGAUUCUUCACCAUUUUCCAAGCGGCGCUGAACUACCUCGUGGACACUUUCCAGAAAACUGCAGCCAGUGCGAUUGCUGCGAACACGUUCCUGCGUUCGAUUUUCGCGGGUGCGUUCCCGCUCUUCACGAGUGCUAUGUUCCAUAACCUCGGCGUUCCUUGGGCUGCCAGUAUUCUCGGCUUUAUCGCUGUUGCGCUUAUCCCGAUUCCGUACCUGUUCUACGUAUAUGGAAGACGGAUUCGGGCGCGUGGAAAGUGGUCGGCCGGAUCUCUGUAG